GGCUUCUUUCUGCUAUCAAAAGGGGUUUGUUCCUUUCUCCCCAGAUCUGUUCAGUCGCUUAUAUUCAUUAUCAUCGCCAUGCCACACUCGACCGUGACCAACGGCGUGCCAGAAACAAGGCCAGAAGUCAUCGAGACACCUCUUUUGAUAGUUGGUGCUGGUCCGGCUGGCGCUUCAUUAGCAUGCUUUCUUUCACAUCCUCCAUACUCUAUGACGGGUAUGCUUAUCUCGGCAGCAUCGUCCACAUCACAGACCCCCAGAGCUCAUAUCACAAACCCAGCUGCUUUCGAGUGUCUGAGAGACAUCGAUCUGGAAGAGACAUGUCUCAGCCAGGCGGUUGAAGGAGACUGUAUGGUCCAUACUCGAUGGUGCCAUGAUAUGACUGGUGAAGAAUAUGGUCGGAUUUAUUCCUGGGGCAAUGACCCUAAGCGGAGGGGAGAGUACGAAAGCGGAACCCCUUGUCACCAUGUGGAUCUGCCCCAGACAAUCUUCGAGCCAAUUGUCGUCCAACGCGCCGCAGCACAAGGAUGGGAUGUGAGGUUCAAGACCAGUUUUGUAAAUUUUGAGAAGGAAGGCAAUGGCAAAAUCCUUAGCAGAAUUCGAGAUGAAUUAACCAAGACAGAAUUUCUGGUCAGAUCGGAUUAUUUGUUUGGUUGUGACGGUGCAAGGAGUCAAGUUCUCAGAGAGCUCAAGAUCCCUUUGAUCAAGAAGCCUGGCCAAGGAUUGGCAUUGAACAUUUUGGUCAAGGUGGAUUUGAGCGACUACGUUGAGGCCAGAAAGGGGAACCUGCAUUGGGUCUUCCAGCCCGAACGAGAAUACUCCGACUUCGCGUGGAGUGGAUUGAUCAGAAUGGUCAAGCCAUGGCAUGAAUGGAUGUUCAUUCUUUUCCCGAAGCCGGGAGUUGAGUGGAAAGAGCCAACCAUGGAGCAGUACGCGCAGAGGUGCAAGGAAAUUGUUGGCAGAGACGACCUUCCACUUGAAAUCAUCAAUGUCUCGAAGUGGUACAUCAACGAGAUCGUGGCCGAAUACUAUUCUGAUGGCAACAUUUUCUGCUUGGGCGAUGCUGUGCACCGACAUCCUCCUUUCAACGGGCUGGGCUCCAAUACCUGUGUUCAAGACGCCUUCAACUUGGCUUGGAAGAUUAAGUACGUCUCACAAGGUCUAGCAUCUCCGUCAAUACUGGAGACUUUCAGCCAAGAGCGACAGCCAGUUGGGGUGGGUGUGAUCACUCGAGCCAACCAAGGCAUUCGAGAUCAUGUGCCGGUCUGGAAGGAGAUGGGUUUGAUGGAAGAGACUGUUGAGAAGAGGAUGGAGAUUUUCAACAGCCUGAAAUCCGCGACGCCAGAAGCUCGCGAGCGGCGCAAACGAGUCAAUGCCGCCAUUGAAGGAACCAGUCAUGAAUUUCACGGUAUUGGUGUUGAGAUGAACCACCGAUACGAGUCUGCUGCUGUAUACGUAGAGGAUGAGAUCAAGGCUGGUCGGCAAAAACCUGAAUGGCCGGAAGAUCCUAUUCUGCAUCACAAAGUCAGCACCUAUCCAGGGCAUCGACUACCCCAUGCAUGGUUGAACAAGACCAUGCCGGAGAAGGAGCAUACAUCAACAAUCGACCUUGCUGGCCAUGGUCAAUUCUGUCUGCUUACCAGCAUCGGUGGUGAGAAGUGGAUCGAAGCUGCAGCGAAAGUUGGCGCCGAGCUUGGUGUUGAGAUUAAUGCUCACAGCAUCGGCUGGGGUCAGGAAUGGGUGGACGUUUAUCGUGAUUGGGAACGAAGACGAGAAGUUGAAGAAGAUGGCUGUGUCCUUGUACGACCUGAUCGCUUUGUCGCAUGGCGGUCGAUGGAGUUGGCAGAUGAUUGUGAAUCGAAGCUGAAAGAAGUGAUGAAGGCUGUGCUCGGACGAUCAUGAGUCGUGAAAUUCUCGUGUAAUUUGGCGCUAGGGUGCCAUUCGACGACAAACAGCAGCGAGGACAAUUUGUGUGGCAGGAGGGUCUCCUAUUCAAUACGAUGCCUAACUACUUUGUAGCUAUAGUGUCAUUCGACGACAAAUAGUAGCGAGGACAAUUUAUAUAGCAGAAG